CGUACCCUUGUGGCGCUUUAUAAAUAAAGUUAUACAUACAAUCAUACAUUGCCUGUUGCUAGGCGAAGCCAGCCCUUGUUAGCGUAUCCAGCAUGCAAAGGGUUAAUGUCGAAUGGCAACCUUGUAUCCACAGACCCAGAUUUAUCAUCUUGCUGUAACUCUUUAGGAGACCUGAUCAUUAACCCAUGGCAGCACCCUUUUCUGGAAUGGCUGCUGGUACUGUCCAUUGGGGUCUGUGUGUGCCCUGGGCUGUAAAUGCCAUAAUAGCUUUAGUCCCUGUGUGUGUCAGCUGGGGUUACUAGUAAGUUCCUGCUCUAGGGGGUAAGAAAAGAAAGGGUCUCCCUGACACAGCAGCUAACCCUGCAUCACCUGUGCGCCCUUUGUUCUGCCCGUGUCACAGUCUGUGUGGCCCCAGAGCUGCUGAUCUGCUGGAAACACACGGAACAGCUCACUUUAUAGGUUAGAACUCUGUGGAUCCCGCCGUCCCAUGACCUGGACAGUGACUAUGCUGGGGAUCAGGGGCAGUUUAGCAGUGGAUCCCAAAGAAAGAAGAUAUGGGGGGUGGUUAUGACAUUGAGCUGUUCACUAAGACUCCUGACUACGACCUCCUUUGCUCCAUCUGCCAUGGGGUGAUGCGGUGUCCUGUCAUGAUCUCCUGCGGCCACAUCUUUUGCCGGAACUGUAUAAUGCAGUGGUUGAAGAGGCAACGCACCUGCCCCUGCUGCAGGACUGAGGUGAGGGGCAAACUCUAUGUCCUGAUGCACAAGUUGAAGAGGAAGAUCAACCGCCUGGAUGUAAAGUGUCCAAAUGAGCAAAAUGGCUGCCCUGCACAUUUUGCCCUUGUUCAUAGCCAGGAGCAUGCAGAAUACUGUGCCUAUGGGGCAGUACCUUGCUCUAAUGAAGGCUGCCCUGCUGAGGUGUUACGGAAGGACAUGUGCGACCACAUCCAUAACUGCCGGUACUGGAGGCAGCACUGCCACAUGGGCUGCGGAACCCUGCUCCACCCGGAGAACCGAGAGACCCACAACUGCUAUCAGGAACUGAAGGAAGACUACGCCAAGCAACUUUACAAGCUAAAGCAAAAGGCCAAUCGCAUGGAGACCAUCUGCUGCCAGAUCAGCCGGCAGUUACAGAUGAUGAAUGACAGUAUGGAAACUGCACAACCAGCUGCUGACACUGGUGAAACAGAGUGAAAUACAGACAAGGGGUGGGAACAGGGCCAAAAUAAGUUUUUUUUAUUGGUUUUAGGUGAACUUGUGUUUUUCUUAUUAUUUGGGAUAUCACUUUAUUUAUAACAAUUAUAAUAACAGUGAGGGGCCUGCCUUUGGUUUUGAUAUGAAAUAAAAUACUGUAUUUAUGCAUGUCA